AUGUCUUCCUCCUCAUCAAGCCACGAGGACGAGCGACGUGCUCAAGAAUUUUCCAAUCUUGUGCAAGAAUUUAAUCAAAUUGUUCAAGCUAUUGGUGAUUCGGAUGCGCAACCUCGUCGUUGGCGACGAAGAGUGGCAAAGAAGGCCUACAUUUAUCGGGACCGUGAAGCCGACGCUCUACAUUUGCACGCGGAUUACUUUGACGAAAAUUCGGUCUACCCCGACAACGUCUUCCGCCGUCGAUUUUGCACGCGUCGUGCGUUGUUUUUGCGUAUCGUUAAUGUCGUGCAAUCCGAUUCAUAUUUCCAACAACGCACGGAUGCACUUGGGAGACCCGGCUUCACACUGUUGCAGAAAUGCACGGUUGCUGUUCGUAUGCUAGCUAACUGUGGGGCAGCGGACCAGUACGUUGGAGUGCUUGUGCAGAUUCUGUCGAGCCAUUAUUCAACUCUUCGGCGCAGAAUACUUGAGGAGGCCGGCUUCCGCCGAGUGCCAACGGCUUCUAGCAAUGCACGAAGCGAAGCACGGCUUCCCGGGAAUGCUAGGGAGCCUCGAUUGCAUGCAUUGGCCGUGGAAGAAUUGGGGAACCGACCAUCAUCCUCGAAGUCGUCGCAUCGCAAGAUCUAUGGAUCUGGCAUGCUUUUUUUUGGGACUCCUGGUUCGAACAACGACAUCAACGUGUUCAACAACUCGACGUUGUUCAACGAUCGGCUGCAAGGAAUGGGGGUGCCGGUCACAUAUCAAGUCAACAACGCCUACUACACAAGUGUGUACUACUUGACUGACGGCAUCUAUCCCAAUUGGCCUGUAUUCGUGAAGAGUCCUACACAUCCAACGGAUCCGAAGGGGAAGAGGUUCAAAGUGAUGCAGGAAGCGGCUCGCAAGGAUAUUGAACGAGCCUUCGGCGUCCUUCAAGCUCGUUGGACAAUCGUCAAAGGCCCAUCGCGUCUUUGGAGCAAGGAGGAGAUGAACGACAUCAUGUUCACGUGCAUCAUUUUGCACAACAUGAUCAUCGAAGACGAAGGCGAGCACGCAACACAGUGGGAAGAAGACGCCGACGAAGCUUCGAGUAGCGCCGCAUCUCAACCUCAUGCCAGUACUCCACCGGAUUUUCGUGUAUUUGUUGCACGACAAGCAUCCAUGCGAGACACGGAGAUGCAUGCUUGCCUCACUUUGGACUUGAAGGAGCACAUUUGGUGCUUGUAA